AUCCGUGCUCUGCUAUUGGAAGCAGGGGAACAAAUAGGAAAUAACAGCAAAGGAGCGUAGGGAACACUCCACAUCUGUUUUGGAUGCUCCAAAUGAGUGUACCUGCAGCAACGGCACAGAAAUCAGACGGCAACAACAGUGAAAUGCAAUCAGCUGCAGUGGCUCCCUCCUUCAUCCCCAGCCAGUCGGGGAAGAUACCGGGCAGGAAGAGAGGGAGACCCCCGCUCCGCAAUGUCGCCAAGAUGGAUUUUCCUAACCGUUACCCCGAGUCACUCCCUCCGCUCAAAGUGCCAAAGAAGAGGGGGAGAAAGCCGGGCUUCAAGCUCAAACCUAGGAUGGUGAUGACGCCGUUGGCUAUCUCUCCACCCAGCAGCACCCCUGAGCCCGAUAUGAGCUCCAUUCCUCAGGAUGCCGCCACCAUCCCCCACUCUGCCACACCCCAGGUGCUCACAGUCUGUAUCUACAUCAACAAACAGGCCAACACAGGCCCCAACCUGGACAGGAAGAAGAUCCAGCAGCUCCCUGAUCACUUUGGACCGGACCGACCCUCGGUGGUGCUCCAGCAGGCCGUCCAAGGCUGCAUCGACAGCGCCUUCCAGCAGAAAACAGUAUUCACCCUCCUCACACAAGGCUACGGGGGAGAAAAAAUAUCAGCCACAUUCGAUGGAAAGCAGCACCUUCUCAGCCUCCCCGUGGUGAACAGCAUCGACUAUGUGCUUCGUUUUCUGAAGAAGCUCUGCCGCAGCUUGCACUGUGAAAACCUCUUCAGUGAUCAGCCCAUUACCCAGCACAGUGGUGGCUCUUACCAGUCAGAUGCGGAAACAUCUAUGGCCGAGGACUACCAUUUAGACCAGUCCGACGGCAAACGCUACUCCGUGGACCCCGGCGAUUCUGCUUUCAACUCCAUCAGCUCGUCCUAUUCGCCGAAGACCUCCUACGGGUUCCGUUCAUCUCAGCAGUUCUCAAACAGCUCGGCCUCCAUGAACAUGUGCCGGCAGUCAUCCACCAGCCCAAACACGUUCCCGGAGAGCAACAGGACAGGAGGUUAUAACGCAUCUCCAGAGUCCCAGGAGUCCAAGGCUCCACCCAAUAAAGACCCAGCCACCUGGUCUGUGGAAGAUGUUGUCUGGUUCAUCAGGGAUGCAGACCCACAGGCUCUCGGCCCCCAUGCAGACGUCUUUAGGAAGCAUGAGAUCGAUGGAAACGCUUUAUUACUCCUCAAGAGCGACAUGAUCAUGAAGUACCUCGGACUGAAGCUGGGGCCGGCAUUGAAGCUUUGUUACCACAUCGACAAACUAAAGCAGACUAAGUUCUGAAAACCUUCUGUGAUAUAUUUCCCCUUGAAUCCAACAGUACAUUUGAACGAGGUCAAUGGGAAGAGAGUGGCGUCCUUCAGGGUCCCCAGAAGUGUGUUGCAUCACUUCCUUUUCUACUACAAAAAUAUUAAAGCAAAUAUGCAGCUGAGAACGAGACAGUAGCUACUGUAACUUCUGUGUAAAACAAAUAUAAAAAUCCAAGAAAGCCAGUAUUACUGAGCAGAUAUAUUGUUAAAUUCACUUUUAUUAAUUUACCUGCCAGAAAAUGUAACAUUAACACUACUUAAACCUGCAGUAACUGAUUUUGUUGUCACUUGGGGGCAGCAUAAACAAAUUGUCAACACAACAUUGACAUAUUACCAGUUUAUAUGGGGACCUUGUUAGCAAACAGUUGCUCAUUUACAGUUUCUAAUUUCCUGGCAAAUGUAAGUCCAAAUAUUCGCUCUCUUGUGGCUCUGUUUUCUGGUUCCUAACAACUCCUGAGGGAAAUAUUUGUCCCUUUAGCCGCCAAAUGCUGCACUAUGUUCACCAGCUAGUUUCUAACUGUCUGUUUGGUGCUGAGCAGGUGGUGUACAGUUGGUUUUUAGAGCUUUUUCACUGAAAACAGCUGCAGCCAAAAUCAGUAAAGUUGUGGGCCAAACUGAACUCUGUACGUUCAAAUCUGGUUAAAUGAAUGGGGGGAAAAGGAAGUGCUCCAUCUCAUAUCUGGAAACCAACUCUCUUCUUAUUGGCUCACUGGCCUGAGGUCUACAGACGUGAGUUCCACACUUUGGACCCUCUUGGUACAUUUUGCUGAAGAUUUCCACAAUGUCUUUUAGUGAUGAAUCACAGAACUCACCGCUCUCUUUCUUGCUCUUUCUCUCCUACUUACUUACUCUACUUUUGGCACAGAUUUUGAACUAAAACCCGUCAGAUUGUGGAAUGCAUCCUUCAUACACACAUUAACAUAAUGUAAUCAGUGAAAGACGGCCAGUGUAAGAAAUAUGUUUGUCUCACAAACUUUAAUGAGCAGCACAUGUCUGCUGCAUGCAGAUUUCAUUAUAUAUAUAUAUACAUAUAUAUAUAUAUAUUCAUCAUCUGACAAGAAAUGUAUAACAGAAAACUCUUUAUACCUUAAGAAACUCUCCCUUUGUCAAAUCUCACAAUAGGAUCUUGUUUACUUGCGUUUACCAAGCUGAAAACAUAUCUACAACUGUACGGAAAAAUGGUGCAUUAAAUACUACAUUGCUUUUUUGACUGAGAGAUUUACUGUAGAAAAUCAUUUUGAUACUAUUUUUUCACAUUACUGUGUAACAAAAAAAAAAGUAAUGUUCCCAUUGGAUUUGUCAUUGUUUUUUAUUAUAAUUUUAAUAUUAAAAAAACAGUAUAACCUAAACAAAACAUAGCCUACAUAGAAAGACUGUAGCUCUCUUGUUAGUAUAUAUAAAGAAAAACGAGAGCAUUGUGAACGUGAUAUAUUUAUGUUUUCGAUAUGCAAGAUUGUUACAUGCCAACUCUAUCUCCAUAGGCUCUUCAUAUAUACUCAUACAAAAGUUUUUUUUUAAAUUCAUAUGUUUCUAUGUUUUUAUCAAGCAUCAGUGUUGAUACAGAAGUUGUCACAACACAAUAAAAACUCUUAAAUGUUACACUGAGAAAACCUAAACGGCCAUGUAAAUGGGUAUAUAAUAUAGUAUUGCUUUUGUAUACCACUUUUGGUGUACAGUAUGCAUCCUUUUUUAAUCAAUUAACCUUUGUAAGUGAAUGCUGCUGUAAGGAUAUUACAUGUAAGCCAUGCCUAGUGAGAUCAAGCUAAGGUGUUUUAUUUUGAAAAUCACUAUGAAUAAGAGUUUUAGAGAAAGCUGAGUGGAUCAGUGCUCUAUGCUGGUGCUAAAGUUAUCUAUGUAUUUAACUGUUUGCCUUUGUGUUCGUGAGAUGUAAAGGAUAUCUUAUGU